CAGGGCCAGGGAGCCAUGGAGGAGGCGGAGGAGGCCGGCGCACGGCCCAGGCGCCGCCGCCGCCGCUCGGGCGGCCGCAGCAGCUCGGAGCGCUCGCCGAGCCCCGGGCGCCUGGACGUGAGUUCGCCACGCUUCGACCCUCUGCUGGCGCUGUACUCGGAGCGCACGACGCUGCCUUACCCGGCCGCGCCGCACUUCAACAACCUGGCCGAGUACGAGAGCUUCCAGCGCGGCCUGCUCCGCGCUCCGGGACGCCAGCGAGGGGCCGCCGGCCGCGGCAGCCGCCCUGCGGGGACCCGCGCCCGGAGUCGAGGCGGACGGGCCCCCGCCGACCCCGAGCGCAUCCAGCGUCUCCGCAGCCUCAUGGUGGCCAAGGAGCCCGAGCAAGAGGAGGCCGAGCGAGCCAGGCAGCAGCGGGGCAGGAGGGCACCUCGCAAUGUGCUCACCAGGAUGCCCGUUCACGAAGGCAGUCCACUUGGGGAGCUUCACCGAUGUGUCCGUGAUGGUGUAAAAGUCAACGUCCACGUCCGAACUUUCAAAGGACUUCGUGGAGUCUGCAGUGGGUUCUUGGUUGCCUUUGACAAGUUCUGGAAUAUGGCCCUGACAGACGUAGAUGAGACAUAUCGAAAACCUGUGCUGGGUAAAGCUUUCUACGUAGAGCCACAGUUGACUCUCACCAGGCUGUUCGACAGACUCAAGCUGCAAGAGUCCCUGGUUAAAAAAGACGUUUCAAAGAUGGCUGCUGAUCUGCCAACUCUUCCUUGUGAUCCUAGGACACUUAGGUGGAAGUCCGAGUCAGGUCGGAGGAGGUCAGAAGAACGAGGGGCAAAGAAGCGCUCAAGCAAAGAGAGGACACGGAGCUCUAGCCUGCCUCGAACUUAUGGGAAAGAGAUUGAGCUGUCUGGCAGAAUCUCCCAAACGGAGGGGACGAGUGCAGGUGGCAGAAGAGGUCGGUCACGGAAAAAGGCGAGGCCCAAAGUGGAUUACCAGCAAGUUUUCACACGGCACAUAAACCAGAUUUUUAUUCGGGGGGAGAAUGUCUUGCUUGUUCAUCUAGCCCAUUGAUCUGAUUGCCCAUUACUCAGCCAGCAGCAUGAACAGUGGCAGUGGCUGCAUGCUACUUUGUGAAUUGUUUUGUAACUGCUUCUCUUCCUCUGACUAAAAGGGAGGAAGGCAAGAGCAUCUUGGAUCUCAGAGGCAAGAGCACCUUGAGCCAACUACCAGCUUGUUUGGACUAGAAUUUGGCCAAGGAAGCUGCUACCUUUACAAAGAGACAGGUCUCCUAAGUCCUUCAUAAACUGUGGAACUUACAGAAUUUGUGAUGCUGUGGGGCAAGUAUCGCUGUAUAUUUAAAACCCAUGUGGUCUGAAACAAGUAGCUCUGUUUUUGCUACAUGGCUGCAAAAGAAGCAGAGUAUGCCAUUGACUUUGGUACUUCAUAGUGGAAUGCUAGUGGUUUGAAAUCAUGGGAAAGCACGUUUAUAAAAAAUGGCAAUGGAAUUCAGAGCUUGUGAAAAGGAGCAAUGGUUUUAGGUAUGGACUGGUUUGGAUCUCAUCUUUCCCUCCUCCUAAUAGCAUG